ACUGUGGCAACUGGCAACAAUUUACAACAAAAUGUCAAAACCCGAACUCGACAGCGAUGGUUUUCAGAAAGUAAAAUCAAAACGAAUUUCCAAGAAUAAGCCUACUAAAAUACCAAGCAGAGAUAUACAAUUUGAUAAACUAGACCUUGAUAUAGACGUCGACAAGACCAUUCAACGGAUUUACUGCGCUGUAGACGAUUUGCGGCUGUCUAGCUACUUAGAGGACGUUAUAAAAUCCGUGAGUAGCAUUUUAAAGGACAGAAAAGUUGUAGAAAUAGUUUGUUUAGGCCUCGGACAUGUCGCAGAAUGUAAUAUUUCAAAGUAUCAGUUAGCUCUCUUGCUGUGUCUAAGGGAUCAUUGUAAACCUACUAAAGUGUUAGUACAUGACCCUAUUUUCUAUAAAAAGGAGUGUGAAGUCUUAAAAAAGUUAGGCUUAGAAGUUAUAUCAGAAAAUAAUGAAGGUGGUUAUGUAAUAUCUGAUAAAGGACCUACUCUUGUUUAUUUACCUCACUGCCCAAAACAAUUGACUAAUAAUUUCCUUUGGAGCAACUGGGGUAUUAAUUUACAAAACUGUGUACUCAUGUGUAACAGUUUUCACUCAUUAAUUGACAAUCAACCGAGUAGAAUACUAUCAGAAACUGUCCCGUACAUAUUUAAAAUAUUCCCACACACUUCCGAAGAGACACUAACUAAUAAUUUCAAAUUCACUGACAUUUUUAAUGAUACUGCUAUCCAUUACUUUACUAAAGAAAAUCUAGAACAACUUGAUUCAGAUUUUUGGGUCAAAGGCGACAAACCGACUUACGAAAAUACCGAAGAAUUCAUAACAUCUCUCAUGGUAAAGCAGCUGAACAUUUAAUUUGUUUGAAGGUAUAAAAAUGGCAUCCAUUUCUACGAAGCCAGCAUUAGUUACUCUACGGCAAUUGUUGUCAGAGUUACGUAAACAGAGCUCGGCAUCAAAGCUUGCAGAGAAUCAAAUGGUUCAGUACAUAUUCAGAGAGUACAGGAAAUAUCAGACUACAGACCAACAACUGUGCAAGGCUGCGGAUGAGAUGCAUUUCAGAGCUAAGUCUUAUUAUGAUUAUCUCCACCACUCAAGAAGGUACAAAGAAAUCAAUGCAGAGUUCAAAGGAAAGGGAGAACGGAGUGUUGAAGAAACGGCAAGAAUGGUCGGUUUCAAAAUGCCUCAUGAACCGAAACCUUAAAGUUACACAACAAUAAUCUUAGGUAGACUUAGUUUUCUGUAAAUAAAUGCAAAUAUUAUAGUUUAUAAAA